AUGGGCAACGACUUUGUCUUCAUCCACGUUCGCGAACCGAAGGAUGCGCUGAAACUGGCCAAGGACUCGCACAUCCGCUCCCAUGUCACACGCCGCCAAUGGAAGCUGUUUGAGGAACGCUCUCAGGCUGCCUUUCAGAGGGAUCUCAAAAAGGCUAAGACAGAGACACAAGGGAACGAUGAUAAGCAAGACAACCAGCACCUGGUUUCUGGGGAAGUUGUCCGACACAGCCAGUCCACAGGAGCUGCUCAGCCAGUGUACUUUGGUUUACCUAUCCCCAGACCAUUCGGUGGCCUGCGAGGGGACCCCUUUAGGUCGUAUCCUGUCGCCUGGCGGCCGAUCUUGCCGCAACUUGUUGAUCACUACCUCAUGAGCAUGGCGGUAGACAUUCCUGAGUUAGACCAGCCAGGAAACCGAGGCCUCCUUCGCACCGACUGGUUUCCUCUGGUUAUGACUGAGCCGUCGCUUUUCCUGGUCAUUGUCUUGCUCGCCGCAUCCAAUUAUGCUUCUGUACAGACAGAGCCCACGGGCAUGAAAUUGCAUCUGCUCGGACUUCGGUACGAGGCAGUACAGGCGGUCAAUAAGUCUUUGGAGCUCCAGUCUUCUUUUGUCAGCGAUGCCCUGAUAGGCGCAAUCGCGAAGAUGGCGAGCUACGAGGCCAUGUACGGAAACCCAGAGAACUACGCAGUCCACAUGCGGGGUUUGCAGCGCGCAGUCGAGCUUCGUGGCGGGCUGGAUGCCCUGGGCCUCGGCGGCCUCCUACGGCGGAUCGUGAUCUGGAUCGACCGUAAUGGUGCUUUCCUGAACGGCUCAACCCUAUAUUUCCCCGGCGAGAGCUUUGCGCCAGGCCAACCAUUGCCAGAUCCGAAUCCAGGCCAUUUUUUGGGAGCGCAAUAG